AUGCGUUUUUUCCUCAGCGGAGCUGCCCUGCUCGCGGUCACGACCGUCGUGGGCGCCUCCCCGACAUCCCCUGCGGCCUCCAGCGCGACAACAGACGUGGAGCCCAAGGAGGCAGCCCAGACCUCUGCCGACUUCUUUCCCAACAUCUUCGACAGCAACAAUGCUGAGUCCACAGCUACAAGCCAGCAGGAGACGGAGAAAGAAGACGAGCCCACCCAGGCCCCUGCGACCUCCACCGGCACACAGGUAGCCCAAGAGAACACCGCAAACGAGAACACCGCGGCCGAGAACACUGCCAACCAGAACACCGCGACCGAGACCAAGCAGCCCAAUAUCAUCGAGAGCAUCGCCAAUGGCUUCACUUCUGACACCACUGACAAUGCGCCCCCUGCACAGACCAGCGAGUCCGAGGCUGAUCAAAGCACGACGACCAAGUCUGAUCCCUCCACGUCCAGCUCAGCCUCCGAAUCUGAGCCAACCAAGCCCAACAUCCUCUCCGGAGGCUCUGACAGUGAUGGAGGGUUGAAGGACCUAGGGGGCCUUGGGGAUCUGCUCGAUGGCGUUGGUGGGCUUCUGAACCCCAAGUUACUGAGCCAGAUUACGGACACUUUCGAGUAUCUGUCCACUGGUCUUGCGCCGCCUGUCGACACGAACCUGCGUGUUCUCCUUUCCAACGAGAACACCAAGACUCUCAACAGUGUCAUCAGCAAUGCUGGCAAGCUGCUCAACGAGAAGAACACUCAGACUCUGUCCAACAUCCUGGGCAAGGCUGAUGGCCUCCUGAGCGACCGCAACCUGAACAACCUGCAGAAGCUGCUCAACAACAUCGACAAGGUCAACAACGUUGUUGAGAACGCCGACAGCCUGCUGACCCCGUCCUUCGUCAAGAAGACUGAUGGCCUGAUCGACUCUGCCGCUGGUCUAUUGACGCCCAAGACGACCAAGUCUCUCGAGACUCUGCUCGAGGCCGUCAACGGAAUCUUGCCCGAGCUCAAGAGCUUCCUGACCAAGGAGACCUUCUCUGAACUCAGCAACCUUCUGUCCCAGGCCUCUAGCCUGCUCACCGACAAGACGGUCGAUAGUCUCAAGACCCUCCUGACGGCCGUCAGCGACUUGAUGCCAUCGCUCAAGGGUCUGUUGACCAAGUCCACCAUCGAUGAGCUCAAGGCUCUGCUGUCGUCUGCCAGUGGCCUGCUCACCAAGAAGAACGUCAACUCCAUCGAGACUCUCCUGGACUCCGUCAACGGCAUCCUGCCCGAGCUCAAGGGUCUCCUCACCCCUCAGACCUUCAAGGAGCUCCAGAACCUCCUCACCCAGGCUUCCAGCUUGCUCACCAAGAAGAACGUCAACUCCAUUGAGACUCUCCUGGACUCCGUCAACGGCAUCCUGCCCGAGCUCAAGGGUCUCCUCACCCCUGAGACCUUCAAGGAGCUCCAGAACCUCCUCACCCAGGCUUCCAGCUUGCUCACAGAGAAGACCGUCUCGGCUCUCAAGACCCUUCUCACGGCCCUUCCACCGAUCAUCCCCGAGCUCAAGGGCUUGCUCAAGCCCGAGACCAUCAAGGAGAUCAGUGGCCUGCUUACUGAAGCCAGUGCGCUCCUCACGCACGACUUUGUCAACGACACUCAGGGCCUCGUUGGAUCUGCCAGCGACUUGCUCACCCCGUCGCUCGUCAAGUCUCUCAAGGGCAUUCUCGGCCAGGUGGAGCCUCUCCUCCCCGAGCUCGAGAAGCUGCUCAAGCCCGCCGUCAUCACUUCCCUUGGCGAUAUCCUCACGAACGCCCACGACCUUCUGGACCACAAGUUCGUGAACGAGACCCGCAGCCUGAUUGACGGCGCUACCGACCUCCUGAGUCCCUACGUCCUCGGCGGCCUCGAGGACCUCCUUAGCGGACUCGUCCCCGUCGUCCCCACUAUCAAGAAGGACUUCCUCGACGAGUCCACCCUCGAAGGCCUGUACUUCGUGCUCGGCAACGCCACGAACCUGCUGACCACCAAGUUCGUCGACGAGACCAAGGACCUGAUCGACUCCGCGGGAGACCUGCUCACCCCCGAGCUCGCCAAGAGCUUGAAGGGUCUGCUCGGUGACCUCGACGACUCGAUGCCUCAGAUCAAGGAGCUGCUUGAGCCUUCCUCCAUCAAGCAGAUCCAGGGUCUGCUAUCCAACGCCGCCGGCCUCCUGACCAAGCCGUUCGUGCAGAACACCACUGAUAUCAUCUCGACUGCGUCUGAGCUCCUGCCGGCGCUGACGGGGAUCCUUGGCUCGCUCUGA